AUGCGUGUCUCGGCUACUCUCUUCUCUAUCCUGUUCACAGCCUCUUCUGCUGCUGCUCUGGGAGAUUAUGAGCUUAAUCUGUAUGAGGGCGCGCACUGCGACGGGCGAUUGGACGCCUCCUUGAUCACCAGUGACCCCCAAGGUUGUACGAACCAGAACAUCGACAUCCUUUCUUUCAAUGGAAAGGGUGGUGGCUGGAAUAUCUACGUCUAUGAUCGCCUAGACUGCCAGGGCGACUCUUAUGGCAUGCCCACAAAUGGUGACUGUGUGAUGGCCGCGCAGUUCAUAAGCCACCCGACUUUCAAGUCCUUCAAGGUUGUUGCUCCUUGA